AUGCCAUUCGGUCCCGAGACGUUCAAUAUCAAGUAUGACACCGGCAUCUUCUCUCGGGAGAGGCACCGUAUCCAGCUGAUAGGGUGCUACCUCGGCCUUGCCUUCACGGGGGCCAAGCCGGCCGAGUUUGUGGACGGCGAGAGAAAGAGCGGCAAGGAUAGGUGUCUCGAGGAGCUCUUCCCCCGGCACGCUAUUGGGAGUCUCCCUAGAGACGAAGAUAAGGGGUCUGAUGAUGUCACGAACCAACCAUAUGUACAGGCCCAGUGGGGCACAAGACAGAACUGCAGGAACCGCACGAGGCCCACACGGUAGCCGUGGGGGCCGGGCGAUCAAGGGUAGACUUGGGUAGCUGGCUACCCAAGGCGAUCAAGGAUAGCUCUUGGUAGACUGCGAUCAUGGGCGAUCAUGAACUCUCUACCAAGUAUAUAGUCACUCGUUCUGGAGGACUCUGGGAGUUCUCCAGUAAGCAACUCAAGUGCAAGAAUGUCGGUACCUUUGGACAUUGCUUGUUGUGAACCCUUUGGCUUCACCGAACCUCCCCCGUUGUCAAUUAUAACCUUCAGGAGUCCAUUUCAGAUGUUGGGACUUUGAGAUUCGUCACA